UCUAAUCAACACAUGCAGCAUUAUUUUCCCCCAAUUGAUAUAAUCAAAUGUAGGAAUAUGUCCACGAUAACGAAGUUUGUUUGACCAUUUAGGAAAAGUGAAAAUAUUUUUGGAAACAUUAGUUUUGGGUUGCCUGUCUCAUGACGUAACAAAAGUCUCGUAAUCCAGAAGCAGAAGUAAAUCCCUUCUGAGUUGUAACUUUAUAUGCUUAACGUUUGUUAAAAUUUAGCAAGAAUUCAUGAAUUAACGUAGAGAAGUAUGUGUAUAUAUAUGAUAAAUGAGCUAGCCUACAGUUGUUAGGAACUUUGAUCGAUACCAUGGCAACCAGUACCCGGCGGAAGUCGUCAGUAGGUGGUAAAGACAUUAGCCAACAAAAAACUCUCUCCAGCAGCAAAACAAAUGCAACAACUGGAAAAGGCAGGAGUCAAGUUUACAACAUUGAAAGGAUUAAAGAGCUUGAGAAUCAAGUUUUAGAGCUGAAAAAAAGACUGGAUGAUUUAAGGAAAGCGAAAAGCCAGACAAUAUUAAAGAAAGAUAAGGAGUAUGUAAGCCUUGAUAAUCCUAAACUUGGACAACGACUCCAGAGUAGUGAACAAAGUCCUGGUAUUAAAAAAGCUCAAGAACUCGAACAAGCAAAGAGAUCUGCAGAUAAGGAGAUUUCCGAGCUGAGGGAUGAAAUUGAAAAACUGAAGAUUGAUCAUGCGAAAGAACUUGAAAUCUCGAAAACCCAAAGCAAAGAGGCUGUGCCUGAUUCUGAAGAGUUGCUGGAGUUAAGGAAAAAGUGCAAAGCGCUCCAGGAGAAGAAUGAUAGUCUAGAAGCUCUUAACACAGAACAAAACGUGCGUAUCAAUGAGCUUUGUGAACAAUUGAGUAGGAAGGAGGCUGAAUGGUGUACCAAAGAGGAAAAACUAAAAGUAGAGCUCAAGUUUUCGUUUGGAGAGAAAUAUCAGCAAUGGAUGGCACAAACUGAGCAGAAAAUAGAAGAACUCCAAGCUGCUAAUAACUUUUUAAAGAUGGUAAUCCAAAGAGACAGGGAUCGAAGCAACACUUCGCAGUCUGAAGGAAGUUAAAUCCAAAAUGCUUAGAGUGGGAUUCCUGUGGUGUGUUUUUGGCAAGUGACUUCAAAU